CAUCACCGAGGACAUGAGCAAGACACUGACGGAGUUUGUCUGCACAGAGUGUCGACACGCACGUGACACCCAGGAGCUCUACUGCCUCUGCAAGCAGCCCUACGACGAGUCUCAGUUCUACAUCUGCUGCGACCGUUGUCAGGACUGGUUCCACGGCCGCUGUGUAGGCAUCCUGCAGUCGGAAGCGGACAACAUCGAUGAGUAUGUCUGCCCCAACUGUCAGCGCAACUCCUCCAUCAACUUCGCCAACAUGAAGAAUCUCAACACAAAGGAUUUUGAGGCUCUCCGGAAACUCAUCAAGCAGCUGCAAAGCCACAAAAGUGCCUGGCCAUUCAUGGAACCCGUUGAUCCCACCGAAGCUCCAGAUUACUACAAAGUCAUCAAGGAACCUAUGGAUCUUCAAACAAUCGAGUUAAGGAUAACAGACCGGCAGUAUAAGAAGCUGAGUGAGUUCAUAGGUGACAUGACCAAGAUAUUCGACAACUGCCGAUACUACAAUCCGAGAGAAUCACCGUUCUUCAAGUGUGCCGAGUCCCUAGAAGCGUAUUUUGUGCAGAAAGUGAAAGGUUUGCGAGACAAGCUGGUGGACAACAAGUAGUGGAUUUGAACUUGUGUUCGGGAGGAAGGUCUGUUUGAAUCGAUCUCAUAAAGUU